AUGGAGCGAGGCUACAGCAAGUUCACAGCUGCGGCUGAGAAAACAGAGGAAGCUGCUCACAGUGGGCGCAUCCGGCCGGCGGUGGCAGUGGUGGUGGCAGUGGCGGCAGUGGCGGCGGCGGCAGGCAUGUGGGAGUACUCCCACCCGUGGCAUGAGGGCAAGGAGCGGAAUGGGCGCAGGAAAUGUGUGGAGGUGGGAGGCCUGGCGGUUCUCCAUCGGGUGGGUCUUCAACGCUUCAGAUCAGGCACUGCAGCAGGGGCCAGGGUGCAAGCCAAAUGCCCGCAAUGCGGAUGCACCAACGAGAUGACCAUGGAAUUACGGCGUUCAAUGACCUGCAACGACUCAUCGUUGGAAAAUAAAAUGGUCAUUGAGCAGGAGGAGCUUCGGGCACCCACAGCGGCAGAGAUGGGUUUUGACAAAGAGCCCUUUCGAUUGGGUUCACUGGCCAUAGUGGUACUUGGAGCAACGGGGGAUCUUGCCAAAAAGGAGACCUUCCCUGCGCUGUUGGAUUUACUGGCUCAUGAAUAUCUACCACCUCAGGUGGUCAUUUUUGGUGUGGGGCGCACCAAGCAAGACACCGGGACUUUUCGCGAGUGGCUUCAGCCGUGGCUCGUCAAGUCCUUUGCUGGACAAAUGAAACGUUGCAAGGAAGCAAUGCCAAACUUUUUGAAGAGGCUCACAUACUUUUCUGCAAACUAUGAUAGCCAAGAAGACUUUGCUCGCCUGGCCUUGACUUUGGAGGCUGAAGAGACCCAAAUGUUCCUAGAGGCCAGUGGCAAGGCAGAGGUACCAUCGGAAGCAAACCGAGUGUUUUACUUUGCCAUUCCACCUUUCGCCUUUUUGGCAGCAGCAUCUUCCAUCAAGGCCACCUGCUUGUCUAGCUCAGGGUUCAAUCGCCUGAUCAUUGAGAAGCCCUUCGGACAUGAUUUGAGCUCAGCGAAGUCCUUGGCCAAAGACCUUGGGGCUUUGUAUGAAGAGAAGCACCUGCUGCGGAUGGACCACUUCCUGGGCUAUGAGAUCUGCCAGAACAUUCUUUCCGUUCGCUUUGGCAAUGCCUUCCUGGAGCCACUUAUGAACAAUCAACAUGUGGCAGCAGUACGCAUCACCCUCAAAGAGGACUUCGGAACGGAAGGACGAGGUGGCUAUUUCACCCAUUAUGGCAUCAUCAGAGAUGUGAUUCAAAACCACUUGCUGCAAAUGCUUACCUUGGUGGCCAUGGAAAAGCCUUGCAAUGUGGGAGGAGACGUUCGUGAUGCAAAGGUGGCUGUGUUGAAGGCUAUGAUGGACAUUGACCCAGAGGACCCCGCAGGGCUCGGGAACGGCAAGCCUGGUUAUCUUGAAGAUGACUCCAUAGCAGAGAAAGACCGUGAGAAGGCCAAGCACUGUGCCACCUUUGCCCAACUGGUCAUCCGAAUUGACAAUGAUCGCUGGUGGGGUGUCCCGUUCAUUGUUCGAGCGGGAAAGGGCUUGGAAGAGAGCAAGUGUGAGGUGAGAAUUCAGUUCAAGGAACGCCAUAGAGAUCCAAGACUCUUCCCGGAAGCUUGUCCUCCAAGGAAUGAAUUGGUGAUGCGAGUCUCUCCUCAUGAAGCAAUCUAUUUGAAGUUCAACAUGAAAACACCCGGUCUUUCUACCUCAGUAACUACCACCGAGUUGGAUCUAUCCUACAACCACCGCUACGAAGAGGUCUACCGGCCUUUGGCAUACACGCGCUUGAUCUUGGCAGGUGUGCGGGGUGAGCAUGAAAGCUUCGUCAGAGACGACGAACUCAUUCGGGCAUGGGAGCUUUUCUCGCCCUUGCUCGAAAAGAUCGAGGACGGCAAGAAGGAGGUUUUGAAAUAUCCAUUCGGCAGUCGUGGCCCCGCGGAGGCCGAUGAGGUGCUGUCCAAGUUCAACUUUAUUUGGAACAAGACUUAUGCCUGGAAGGCGCCAAUGCCCUUCUCUGCCUCUGGUAUGGAUCCAAGUCCCUCGCCAGCUCCACACAUGGGGGGAGCUGCUCCUCGCCCAUCAGGUCGCCGGAAGGCGCUUUUGAUUGGUGUGAACUACUUUGGCACCCGUGCAGAACUGCGUGGAUGCAUUAACGACGUUCACAACCUUUACAGAUUGCUGACAGAGACGUAUGGAUGGCCCGGCCAUUGCAUCAAGACACUGACUGACGAUGGUCGAGGAAAUGGUGGCAUGCCUACGCGCCAAAACAUUGGCCAGCACAUGAGCUGGUUGUCUGAUGGUGCUCAGCCAGGAGAUGUUCUCUUCUUCAGCUUCUCUGGCCAUGGUGCGCAGAAAGAAGAUCCUCAUGGCUACGAGGAGGAUGGCAUGAAUGAGACGAUUCUCCCGGUGGACUUUGAAAGAGCGCCAUGUCUGACCGAUGAUGAAAUUAGCGACAUCAUAGUGAAGCGGUUGCCAGAAGGGGUGAGGCUUACUGGAGUCAUGGACUGCUGUCACAGCGGCACUGGCCUGGAUCUUCCCUUCACGUGGGAUAUGAGACGAGGCAUGUGGCGAGAAGAAGUCAAUCCGUUUCACUCCAUGGGCGAUGUUUUGAUGUUCAGUGGUUGUGAAGAUGAUGACACAUCCUCAGAUGCCGCCGGCAUGUAUGCCGCACCUGGCGGGGCUAUGACGACUGCAUUUUGUGAUGUGCUCCGAAGAAACCCACGCCCGAUUUAUCCUCAGCUUCUGCAGCUGCUGCAUCAACAUCUAAACAGGGGAGGCUUCUCCCAGCGGCCGGUUCUGAGCUCCACACAACAGUGGCUGGUCUGA